GCAAAUUUAUUACACACACACACAUACACAUUAACAAUAAAUUUUUAUACAAGAAUUAAAAAAUGCACAAUAUCUCACAAGUAACGAUGGCAUGGAUCAUUUUCAUCAUUGUACCAAGUACCAAUGGCUUUGGAUAUAGCAAAAGAGAACAACAUUUGUGGCCGAAGACACACAAAUUAUGCGCGGGUAAGCUACAAUCACCGGUAUCUAUAUCCACUUCCAAAGCGAUUCCUCUACCGCUUCCAGCGCUCGAAAUGAUCGGUUACCAUGAUUUUCUUCCGAUGCCGCAAACACUUACAAAUGAUGGAAGAACUGUUAAGCUCACGAUAAAUAAAAAUGUAAUGUACAAAAAGUUGCCGUACGUAUUCGGCGCCACGUUGAAACGAAAUCAACAGUAUGAAAUAGAGCAAUUGCACUUCCAUUGGGGUGCGAAAAACAGUAGGGGUGCUGAGCAUGUGUUAAACGGCGUAAGAUAUCCAAUGGAAAUGCAUAUUGUGCAUCGAAGUCUGGCAUAUGCGAACUUGUCGCAUGCACUACAGUAUGAAGACGGUGUAGUCGUAGUGGCUACUCUUUUCCAAUUGCGAGACGAGCAUAAUGAAUAUUUACGACCUUUCUUGGAACGGCUACCAGACGUAAAAUGGGUGCACACAGAAUUAUCAGUUAAUAUAUCCAUAAGUCUAAAAUCUUUGAUACCAUCGAACACCGAUAUUUUUUACACAUACAAAGGAUCUCUCACCACUCCGCCUUGUAGCGAAGCAGUCACCUGGAUAAUCUUCGCGACUCCAGUUUCAAUAUCUUUUCGUCAAAUAAAUAUAUUCCGGAUACUCUCGAGCGGUAAAAAAACGCUAGAAGACAAUUUCAGACACCAACAAGGCAUCGGUCUGCGCAAGAUAUACAUCAGGAGAAUGCAUUCGUGGUUUAAAUAUAGCGAUUCGCAAUUGAAUUUCGCGAACUUAAGCUGGUUUUGGACUUAGCACGAUUAUGCAAGGCAGAAAGAUAAAAAUUAUAAUCUCUAUUUUUAUUUCUGUUAUAUUUAUAUUAGGUCGACGCAAAUGAAAUAGCUAUUUCGUGUGCAAUAAUCUGAUAAUAAUAAAAGAAAACUAUAAAAUA